CAAUGCGCAUGUCAUUGUCAAAUUCGGCUUGUCGUUCGCGUCGGAUCGGUAUUGAGCAAGACAAAAGAAAACACGGUUUUUCAUCCAAAUAAUAAUUUGUGUUGUGUAAAAUGUAAUGAUAUCAAUUCUCUAAAAUUUAACAUCAUGUCUGGAACCAUCAUUGAAAAUUUAAGUGGGCGAAAGCUUGCCGUUUUAGUUACUUUUCUUUUGUUAUGUCAACUAGUAUGUUUCCUUAUCGGGGGCUUGGUCGCACCCAUGCCUGCAAACGCACAAAAUAUACUCGGAACUGUGUGCCAAGAUACUUCUACAAUGAAAAAUGAUACAACCAAGUGGUUUUAUAAUCGCGGUAAAGGCAAGUGUAAAUCGAUAGACCUCGGACUAACACACCAUGAUUUAUCGGAAACCGAUAUCGUGUUUGCAUUUCAAAUGCCGGUUCCUCGAGAAGGAAAAAUAUUUGACUACUCAAGAUGGCAGCAAAAUUUGAUAGGCGUACUCCAAGUCGAUAUACAAUAUCAUUCAAGCAUGGAAAUAAAACCACGCAGCACUAUCACAAUAGACGCGAGGUUAGCUUAUCGAAAUAAAGGCGAUCCGGACGACGGAUGGAAGUUGUACACACAGUCUGUCGAGAAACGAAAUCUAGAUUGCGAUAUUGACACGAAAUCAGAGGAGUACCUAUAUAACUGUUCCGCUAUUCCUUUGUUUGAGCUUGGUUCUUUGUUUCACGAUUACUACCUACUGAACAUACGAUUGCCAGUUGACACUCCAGACAUGAAUGCACACAUAGGGCAUGUAAGAGACAUGUGGGUUACGGUUAUAAAUCAGAAUGGAGGUUUUACAAAGGUUUGGCUUUCUUUGAAAACAGUCUUCUUUCCCUGUAUUAUUUCUAUAUUAGUUUGGUUUUGGAGGCGUAUACACAUACUAGAAAGGAAACCGGUUCUACUUGAAAAAAUGCUCUUAAGUUUGGGUUUAGCAUUGUGUUUACUUAAUGCCCCAAUAGAAUAUUUGACAUUGCAGUUUGAUUUGCCCUUUAUGCUACUACUUGGAGAUAUAAGGCAAGGAGUGUUUUAUGCCACAUUAUUUUCAUUUUGGCUGGUUUUUGCCGGAGAGCACAUGCUAAUCCAAGACUCAUCAGCCCAGAGCUCAGUUAAACAAUACUGGCGUCAUUUGAGUGCAGUCGCAAUGGGAUGUGUUUCACUUUUCAUAUUUGACAUGUGCGAGAGAGGCGUGCAACUGAGGAACCCCUUUUAUUCAAUUUGGGUAACAGAUUUAGGAACAAACCUGGCCUUGACAUUCAUUAUACUUGCUGGAAUAUCUACAGGAAUAUACUUCUUGUUUUUGUGCUACAUGGUUUACCAGGUGUUUAUCAAUAUAUCCCAAAAACGUCAAUCUCUACCCACCAUGUGCUCAGUUCGACGGCUGCAUUACGAAGGAAUUAUUUAUCGCUUUAAAUUUUUAAUGCUUACGACUCUACUGUGUGCUGCACUAACUGUGAUUGGAUUUAUACUGGGACAAGUAGCAGAAGGACAAUGGAAGUGGGAUGAGCACAUUGAAAUAGAAUAUACAUCUGCAUUCUUCACUGGCGUAUAUGGAAUGUGGAACAUAUACAUCUUUGCAUUGCUCGUACUUUAUGCUCCGAGUCACAAACACUGGCCAGUCAAUGAAAACACCAGCGAUACACAAAACCUGAGUGAAGAAAUUGAAUUUAGUCCAUUGCCGACUGAGAGGAGUGAAAUUUCAUCCCUGACUUCCUUUAUUCGUAAGCCUAAUGUGGAUUAAAUGCAGCCAUCCAUGAUUGUAGGAAUCUCAAACUAGUGUUAAGAAUGCUAACAUGUAUCUCAUUGAUGUUGUAGUCUACUAUUUAACAGUAUUAUCCCUAGGUGUCCACAUAAUUUAGUGAUUAGAUUGUAGUUGAGUAGGUUAUAUCCCUUAACCCAUCAAUCCCCAAGUGGCAGCCGGCUGCCGCAUAACAAUUGAAAAUCUAUUGUGUCUGCGAUAACCAUGAUGGAGAUAAUAGACUAAAACAACCAAGUUAAAUUUGUUUAACUCGAUCUAUAAGAAGAAUGACAAUUUAAUAACCCUCAAAUAUUUAUGAAGAGCAAAAUGACUCACAAAUUCCUUGUAGUCCAAGUGGCCUGACCUUGGCCUUUCCAUUUUAGAAUUUUAUGUGUAGUGUAAUCUUGUAGCUCUGUUAAAGCUUAGUUUUUGCUGUGAUAGUGACUUGUUUUAAACGCAUUUUAAAUUGUUAAAUUUAAUAUGGAACAGUGUUGCCAGCUAUUUUUUAUAUCUUUUCUAUUAGUAAUUGUAAGUUAAUUUUUGUACGUAAUCAAUAAAUUUUUGAAAACAA